CAACGCUGGCCAUCAGGCGGGUUGGCGGGAACUGGCAGUGGAAACAGAGAGGAUGGAAACGGAAGUGUCGACAGAGGAACACAAAGGAAAUCCGGAGAAUUUUGAAGCUUCAGCUGUUAUAAUGAGCUCAGCAGAAGAUAGACAGUGCUUCUCAAGGAAGUCUGGGGCUCCUGAUCCCUCACAGCUGUGUGAGGACAUGAAAACAGAGACUUCAGAUGGAGAGACAGCCGAAGCAUCAGAAGUCUGUGUGAAGAAGGAAGAGACGCUGGAGCUGAACAACCAUGGAGAUGAUCUUGACAACCCACCUGAAAGUCUCUCCAUUAAAGAGGAAGAGCCUGACAAUAAAGACUACCUCUACUGUGAAGUUUGCAAAACCUCCUUCUUCAACAAGUGUGAGUUUCAUGGAUUUCCCCUCUUCAUCCCUGAUACUCCUGUUCCCAUGGGAGUCCCUGACCGAGCCAGGAAAACUCUUCCUCCUGGACUAGAGAUUCGGAAGUCCGGUAUUCCUGGUGCAGGCCUGGGAGUGUUUAAUAAGGGGGAGAUGGUUCCAAUAGGUGCGCACUUCGGACCCUACCAGGGAGAGUUGAUAGAUAGAGAGGAACCCAUGAGCAGUGGAUACUCCUGGGUGAUACGCAGGACCAGGAAGUGUGAAGAAAACAUAGAUGGCAAAAGAGACAUGCAUGCUAAUUGGAUGAGGUAUGUGAAUUGCACCUGUAAUGAUGAAGAACAGAAUCUUGUAGCAUUUCAGUAUCGAGGGGGAAUUCUGUAUCGUUGCUGUCGACCCAUUAACCCAGGACAGGAGCUCUUGGUGUGGUAUGAAGAGGAGUAUACCAAAGAGCUCAAUCUUUCAUUUGACUUCCUCUGGAACAAAAAUUGCUCCAUCAAUGGAGUGAAGCCGUAUCACUGCUCACAGUGUGGAAAGAGUUUUACUCAGCAGAGUACUUUCCAAAACCACCAACGCAUUCACACAGGAGAGAAGCCGUAUCACUGCUCACAGUGUGGAAAGAGUUUUACUCAGCAGAGUACUUUCCAAAACCACCAACGCAUUCACACAGGAGAGAAGCCGUAUCACUGUUCACAGUGUGGAAAGAGUUUUACGGUACAGAGUCAUCUCCAAAUACACCAGCGCAUUCACACAGGAGAGAGGCCCUAUCAUUGCUCACAGUGUGGAAAGAGUUUUACUAUACAGAGUCAUCUCCAAAACCAUCAGCGCAUUCACACAGGAGAGAGGCCCUAUCACUGCGCACAGUGUGGAAAGAGUUUUACUCAACAGUAUCAUCUCCAAAUACACCAGCGUGUUCACACAGGAGAGAAGCCAUAUCAAUGCUCACAGUGUGGAAAGAGUUUUACUAUACUGAGUAACCUCCAAACACACCAGCGCAUUCACACAGAAGAGAAGCCGUAUCACUGCACACAGUGUGGAAAGAGUUUUACUCAACAGAGUACUCUCCAAAAACACCAGCGCAUUCACACAGAAGAGAAGCCCUUUCACUGCUUGCAGUGUGGAAAGAGUUUUAACCAACAGAGUAAUCUCCAAAGACACCAGCACGUUCACACAGGAGAGAAGCCGUAUCACUGCUCACAGUGUGGAAAGAGUUUUAUUCAACAGCGUCAUCUCCAAACACACCAGCGCAUUCACACAGGAGAGAAGCCGUAUCACUGCUCACAGUGUGGAAAGAGUUUUACUCAACAGAGUAAUCUCCAAAAACACCAGCGCAUUCACACACAAGAGAAACGGAGUCACUGCUCACAGUGUGGAAAAACAUUUACUCGUUCAGUUACAUUUCAGACCCACAAGUGCUCUAACUUGGAGAUAUUGCAUGAUUUGAAGUUGUCAAAUUAAUUAUAUUUAUUACAGAACAUGUUCUGUAUUUUGAAAUGUAUUUUCAUUUUAUUUUGACUUUCUGUUGAUUGGUAAAACAUGCAGUCUUAUAGUGGAGCUCCCUGUACAGAAAGCGCACAGAGCAGAGCCCUAUACUUAAUAGAAAUGCAAAAGAAAUGGCUUUGACUGUAGGACAAACAUGUACCACCACAGGGAACCUGAUCAUAAGUGCAAUGCAGUGUAUCUCAACACUUGACAACCAGACAAUGAAAUUUCUAUCUUUCUUUACAUAAGAUAGAUGGGCUUUAUCUAGCAAUUAUUUUUAAUUUGCUUUUUUAAAAAUAAUGUGGGCUUAUUUACUAACAUUUUAUGGAAAAUAUUCACGACAGUUUCAUACGAAAGGGUAGUAAAUGAAUGUAAUCACAGGAAGAAUUUUAUUGAAAACUCUCUAGCAAACGGAUCCAAAACAGAGACAAAGGCAGAGUAAAAAAACAGGCAGUGGUGGUGUGAGGCACAGACAGGAUAUCAGAGGGAAUACAAUACUCACAGUCCAAAAACACAAACAGGGUCACAACCAGAAAAAUGACACAAAAUAAAAGGUUUUUGCAAAGUCUCUGUGUUACUGAGAGCCCUUAUAUGUACACGCUGUGAUUGCACUCUAAUCAGGAACAGGUGCAUGCUAAUUAGUCCUAAGGGCGUGCAUGUGCUUUGCAUGUUACAGCUGCGAGCUCCAACAUGUGGAUGUGACAGAUGAAACCGGACACCUGUUUGAUGUAUGGCGUGUGAUAUUGGAUGGUAACUCUCCAGUAGUGGUGUAAAGUGAAAGUGCUGGUUCACUGCUGUCCACCAGGCACCCAGCAGAGUCACACCAUAAUGAAUGUGGUGGUGGUGUUUCUGGCGCAUAGCAUGCGAUGUCAAAGAAAGGAACAGAUAUGUAUUUGUAACUGCGAUGAGUAUCUCAUUAUUGGCGUCACUGUCACAAGGCAAUGCAGUGAUUUAUUGAAGUGAAAUACACGACACUACACAAUUCGAUGGUUCAUAUGCUAUAAUUUUAUUCUAUUCAGGUUGAUUUUGUGCCUUUGCAAAUAUUUUGCUCAUUCACUCAUCAGGAGCUCCGCUUUUAGGUACUGACUAAAUAUCUAUAUUGAUAAUGUUUAAAAUGAGAUUCUUGAUGUUUUCUUUCAACUUUAAGUAGUUGACAUUAUUACGACACAAUUCAUGCCUUCACAACAGUAUUUUCAGUGUUCUACUGCAGCAUUAGACUAAAACAGCCAGUGAGAUACCAGAACGUUUG